CUGCUCUUAUUCCCAUUUGGGCAAGUUCUUUUCCCCACGCCAUGUAUAUGUUAAUUCUUGGGUCCAUUCGACACAUGUUGAGAAUUGUUAGUUGUCACUUUGUCAUACAGUGAAUGGAGCCAUUUGAUUCACUUUAAUUCACUCAAAUAAAGAAUCAAAUCAAACUUUCCUUGUACUCCGUAUAUAAUGUUCUAAAUAGCCCUUAUUACAAUACAUAAUCAAGAAUCACUCUUGGUCUGGUUUUAUCACUCAUGUUUGGUUGACAGAUAAGGCACAUAUACCUCUUUUGCUUGCUGGAAUGGAGUCUGAGCAUGGUGAUAUCAAUGAAAAGCUAUUGGAAAAGAGAAGACAUUCAAAAGAGUGUGGUGAAGAGGAAGUUAAGUUAGGGGAGAAGAUAUGGUCAGAGAUGAAAAAAUUGUCUGUUGUGGCUUUCCCAGCCAUAUUUACAAGAUUCACUACAUUUGGGAUUACUGUCAUCAGCCAGGCAUUUGUUGGCCACAUUGACCCUGUUGAUCUUGCAGCCUAUGCUUUGGUACAAACAGUUCUGUUGAGGUUUUGCAAUGGAAUACUGUUGGGGAUGGCAAGUGGAUUGGAAACACUAUUAGGACAAGCAUUUGGUGCAAAACAGUACCACAUGAUGGGAAUAUAUCUCCAAAGGUCAUGGAUCGUCUUGUUCACAACCACAACUUUACUAUUACCCCUAUUUUUCUUCAUUACUCCCAUAUUCAGAGCACUAGGACAGGACGAAGACAUCGCGCGAGUGUCGGGAAUCAUUUCCCACUGGUUGGUACCUGUGGCAUAUGCAUACAUUGUAUCAUUCACCUGUCAAAUGUACCUUCAAGCACAGAGCAAGAACAUUAUCAUUUCAUAUUUGGCAGCCGCCACACUUGCCAUUCACAUAUCACUGUCCUGGCUUUUGACAGUGAAGCUCAAGUAUGGACUUUCUGGUGCCAUGAUUUCUACUAUAUUGGCAUUCUGGAUUCCUAAUUGGGGUCAGCUUAUAUAUGUUAUAUGUGGAGGAUGCAAAGAAACUUGGGCUGGUUUUUCGUUCCUCGCCUUCAGUGAUCUCAUCCCUGUCAUCAAGCUUUCCUUUUCAGCUGGUGCCAUGGUCUGUCUUGAGCUCUGGUACAAUUCCAUAUUGAUUCUUCUUACAGGAAACUUGAAAGAUGCUAAAAUUCAAAUUGAUGCUUUAUCUAUAUGCCUCAACAUCAGUGGCUGGGAAAUGAUGAUAUCUCUUGGUUUCAUGGCUGCAGCAUGUGUGCGAGUUGCAAACGAGUUGGGAAGAGGGAGUGCAAAGGCAGCCAAGUUAUCAAUCAAUGUGGUGGUGCUAACGUCCUUUGCCAUAGGACUUGUGAUAUUCCUGCUUUUGCUCUUUCUUCGAGGAAAGCUAGCUUACUUGUUCACCAGUAGUCAGGAGGUGGUCGCGGCCGUUGAUCAAUUAUCACCUCUCUUAGCAUUUUCCAUCCUUCUCAAUAGUGUUCAGCCAGUCCUUUCUGGAGUUUCUAUAGGGGCUGGAUGGCAGAGUACGGUGGCGUACGUUAACCUCGGAUGCUAUUACCUGGUCGGGAUUCCGGUCGGUGUCGUGCUUGGGUAUGUCCUGAAUAUGCAGGUCAAGGGUGUUUGGAUAGGAAUGCUGUUUGGUACAUUCAUACAGACCAUGGUGUUACUCAUUAUCACUUUUAGAACCGAUUGGGACAAACAGGUUGCGAAUGCUCAACAACGAGUGCAUAGUUGGGUCAUAAAACCAGAAUCCGGAGGCACAAAUGGGUCGGAUGCUUAAUGUACACAUUUCUUUGCUUAUUAUAAAACGCCUUUUUAGGUUUAGUUCAUUGCAACAUUGAUAUAGACCAUGUUAAUACCACUAUGCAUUCAAAACAUUUUUGUGUAUUGUAAUAACUAGUUUUUCGGCGCGCGUUGCGUGUGUGAGAUAAUGCAUGCUACAAUGUAAUAUGUACACUUUCCCAUAUGAUCAUGUUGUGCGUUUAAGCAAAGAAAUCAUAGAAGUGAAGAUGUGUUGUUACUUGGCGGUUCCUUAAUUAAAGUGGUGGUGUCUUUACA